ACCAGUCACUCCUCGUUGGACUGCAGACAAGCACACCUGUGAGGCAGGGGAUUACACGGGAGAGAAGUAUGGCGUGUGGUGCGGUGAAGUCCUUUCUAGUGAGCCUGUCUCGGAGGAAGCCCCUGGAGCCGGAGGGGGAGAAGUCCACGUUUAACCGAUGCCUGACCACUCUGGACCUGGUGGCCCUCGGUGUGGGCAGCACCCUGGGGGCUGGGGUCUACGUCCUGUCUGGAGAGGUGGCCAGAGACACUGCUGGACCCAGCAUCAUCCUCUCCUUCUUCAUCGCUGCCUUGGCAUCCAUAUUCGCCGGGCUUUGUUAUGCAGAGUUUGGGUCUCGGGUUCCCAAAACGGGCUCAGCAUACCUUUACAGCUAUGUGACUGUUGGAGAGCUGCUGGCUUUUAUCACUGGGUGGAAUCUGUUACUCUCCUACGUCAUAGGGACAUCCAGUGUUGCUUUAGCAUGGAGUGGGACAUUUGAUGACCUCAUCGGGGGCGUCAUAUCCAAAUACUUUGAAGAACAUGCUGCCAUGGGCCUCCCUGGCCUAGCACCUUACCCUGAUGUCUUUGCCACUGCUCUCAUCUUGCUACUGUCAGGUCUGCUGGCAUUUGGAGUUAAAGAGUCAACAACAAUCAACAAGAUUUUCACAGCAAUCAACAUCCUGGUUCUGCUGUUUGUGGCCAUCUCUGGAUUCAUCAAGGGCGACCUCUCCAACUGGCAGAUCAGUGAGGAGGCUCUGAUAAACGCCACAGCAGAAUUCAAAAACUUGAGCUCCACUGCCAAUGUCACAAGUAUCUAUGGAGCGGGUGGAUUUUUCCCCUAUGGCCUUAGUGGAACAGUGGCCGGAGCUGCAACAUGUUUCUAUGCUUUUGUUGGAUUUGACUGCAUCGCUACAACAGGUGAGGAGGUGAAGAACCCCCAGAAGUCUGUCCCUCUGGGCAUUGUGGCUUCACUACUUAUCUGUUUCGUGGCCUAUUUUGCUGUGUCUGCUGCGCUCACCCUGAUGAUGCCCUACUACAUGCUCAGUGAAAAAAGCCCCCUGCCAGUGGCCUUUGACUACAUCGGCUGGGCUCCUGCCAAAUAUGCUGUGGCUGUGGGAUCGCUGUGUGCCCUGUCCACCAGCCUGCUGGGUUCGAUGUUCCCAAUGCCCCGAGUGCUGUUCGCCAUGGCAAGAGACGGCCUGCUUUUUCAGCCCCUGACCAAAGUCACCUCCAAGGGCAGUCCAGCUGUAGCUACCAUAUCUUCUGGAACUGUGGCAGCCAUCAUGGCUCUGCUGUUUGACCUGGAAGCAUUGGUGGAGAUGAUGUCCAUCGGCACACUGUUUGCUUACACACUCGUGGCCAUAUGCAUCUUAAUACUGAGGUACCAAGUGGGUCCAUCUGAAGACACAGACCUGCAGAUCUUUGACUCAAACACAAAGUUUAACUUCCUGAAGAUUCCGUCAACUCCCAAUUCAACCACCUCAAGAAGAGUCACAAUCUUGACUAUAAGCUCUAUUGUAUGUCUGGCUGCACUAUGUGUCCUCCUGACUGAUGCCUUAGAUGCUCUGGCCAAUUUGGAAGCAUGGAGCCUGGUGGUUGUCUGCAUCCUCGGUGCCAUUGUGCUGUUAAACACUUUCUUCAUCUGGAUGCAUCCACAAAAUACAGCCAAAGCAUCUUUCAUGGUGCCCUUACUCCCUGCUCUGCCAUUAGUGAGUACAUUCAUCAACGUCUACCUGAUGGUCCAGUUAAGUGGAGAUACUUGGAUACGAUACUCUAUAUGGAUGUUAGUGGGGUUACUCAUCUAUUUUGGCUACGGGGUGCGUAACAGUGUUCAGAGGAAGCGUCUCAUCGCCGACCAGAUGAGGAUCGAAACAGUCAGCGGCAAGAUAGACAACAAGGACAUCAUUAAAGAAGAGAAAUUCUGAGCUGCAGUAAAGAGAAAUAGAUUGAGAUGUUACAGUGAGUAACUGCUUUAAGUGCGUAAUUACUGUUUUAUAUGGACCAGUGCUGAUCUGUUCCUGCAGUGUCGAAUAUCUGCAGACAAAUGGACAGAUGGGCAGACUUAACUUCUAUUAUGAUGAAUUUUGUAAUUUAUCUAAAUAUUCUUGUUGCCAAUAUUGAACUGACAUGGUUUUGGACCUGAGAUGUUGCCUGUGUCAAUAUGAGAGCCAUGUCCUGGAGCCUCUAAAUCCACUGUCAAAGCAGUUUACACCUCUGUUUAUAAAGAAAAAAAGGGCUCAAACUGUCUUCUGUCGAUGAUUGCUAUUUUAUUACACUUAAACAAGUUUACACUUUUCAUAUCAGCUGUAAAAUGUAGAAAUUUAUUGUAAUUGUAUACAAUUCUAAUCAUGAUUAUGAAUAACGAGAAUGUUUUUUACGUAUUAAAAUACAGAGUUAGACUGGACAAAAGUAUGCACAAUGUAGAUACAGAAAAUCUUGUUAAAUGUCCUAUUUUUUGCCUGUUUAAAGAUAGAUCACUAUAUU